UGUUCUCUCUCUUCUCUCUCUCUCUCUCUUUCUCUCUCUGUCUCUGUCUCUGUCUCUGUCUCUCUCAGAGAAGUGUGUGUGGGUUGUGAAAUAAAAUUGUGGCGUAUCAUGCAAGAGAGUUAGUGAGACCCUAAACGACCUCGUUUUCACUGUCUCUGAGCGUGACAAACAACAAUUGCUUCUGAUUUCGCGUUUGGAUAAUGGAGAUGAGAGGUCGCUCCGUCGAAGAUAUUUUUCACGAUUUCAAGGGCCGAAGAGCUGGCGUCAUCAAAGCCCUCACCACUGAUGUUGAAGAUUUCUUCAGCCAAUGUGAUCCUGAUAAGGAGAACUUGUGCUUAUAUGGAUUGCCUGAUGAGCGGUGGGAAGUAAAUUUACCCGUUGAAGAAGUUCCUCCAGAGCUUCCUGAGCCUGUGCUGGGCCUUAACUUUGCUAGGGAUGGCAUGCAAGAAAAAGACUGGUUAUCUUUAGUUGCUGUUCAUAGUGAUACAUGGUUACUUGGCCUUGCCUUCUAUUUUGGAGCCAGAUUUGGGUUUGAUAGAGCUGAGAGGAAACGACUAUUCAAUAUGAUUAAUGAACUACCAACAAUAUUUGAAGUUGUUUCUGGCACAUCAAAGAAACAAGUUAAAGAAAAGUCUUCAGUUUCAAACAACAGUGGCAGCAAAUCUAAGUCCGGCUCUAAACGGGCUCCUGAAACACAGGGUAGACAGUCAAAGGCAUUACAAUCAAAAGAUGAGGACGAAGGACUGGAAGAGCUAGAGGAUGCUGAACAUGGAGAGGCCUUUUGUGGGGCAUGUGGUGAGAAUAAUGAUGGCGCUAAUGAGUUCUGGAUUUGCUGUGACAUCUGUGAGAAGUGGUUCCAUGGCAAAUGUGUGAAGAUCACCCCUGCUAGGGCAGAGCAUAUCAAGCAAUACAAGUGCCCAUCAUGCAGUAACAAGAGAGCACGCUAACCAAGUUUCCAUCUUGGACAAACUGUUGGAGUCUUUGCUGACCUGGUUAAUAUGCUUUCCUUUCUAGAUGCAGUUGAUGGAUAGUUUUUCUGUUUGACACAUGCAGGUUUAUUUUCUAGUCUGUAGGAUUUAUCAAUGCUAGUCUGAUAGGAUUUAUGCUUUGUCGGUUUUGUUGUUGCCUGCAAGUCAUUUGAUGCCUACUUGGGUUUAUCUAUGUGUAGUUGAAGCAUUGUUGACUUGGUAAAGUUUAGGUCUUUUCCCGAGUCUCUGCUUUGGAACCACCUCGGCAAAGGCUUCAUACAAGUGGGAUUGAAACCAUAAUCUCCUGGCCACCAUUUCCUCAUGGAAAUGAAAGUAGAACUGCAUUUGCACCAAUUGAAUGGCAUGACAUCUUGGCGUCUUAAUUUUUGUAGUCCCUUUCGAAUGUUGAGUGGGAAACAAUGUUUAGUAGUCUAGGGCCCAAGCCAGAUUUGAU